GUCUUGACUUUAUUUCUUUUGGUGCAUAUAAUUAUAAUAAUUGUCCCGCCAAAUUGUUAAUUGUCAAUCAACAAUUAUUCAUUGUUUUCAUUGUUAUUAUUAAAAAUUUUAUAACAGAAAAAAUUAAUAAACUAACUGACAAAGUGCAAAAUUGAUAAUAGUAAUUUAAAUUGUGUUAAAAAUGCCAGGAUUUAAUGAAAAAUCUGAAGAGCUAUCAAUUGAUGAGGAGCAUGAAGAACUCCAGUACAUAAAAUUGAUUGAAAAAAUUAUAAAAAAUGGAGCAAAAAAAGAGGAUCGUACUGGAGUUGGUACUAUUGCAUUAUUUGGACCACAAAUGAGAUUUAGUUUACGUGAUGGUGUUUUUCCAUUAUUAACAACAAAGCUAGUUGCUUGGAAGGCAGUUGUUGAAGAGUUAUUAUGGUUCAUAAGUGGAUCAACAAAUGCCAAAGAUUUAUCAGCAAAAGGUGUUAAAAUUUGGGAUGGUAAUAGUUCCAGAGAAUAUUUAGAUGCAUAUGGAUUUAAAGAUAGAGAAGAAGGUGAUCUUGGUCCAGUUUAUGGUUUUCAAUGGCGUCAUUAUGGUGCUGAAUAUACAAAUUUUAAUGAUAAUUAUGAUGGCAAGGGUAUUGAUCAACUUGCAGAUGUCAUUGAUAAACUAAGAAAUAAACCUGAUGAUAGAAGAAUCAUAAUGUGUGCAUGGAAUCCAAUUGAUAUACCAAAAAUGGCACUACCACCUUGUCAUUGUUUGGUACAAUUUUUUGUUGCUAAUGGAGAAUUAUCAUGUCAUCUUUAUCAACGUAGUGCUGAUAUGGGACUUGGUGUACCAUUUAAUAUUGCAUCAUAUUCAUUGUUAACAUAUAUGCUUGCUCAUAUUACAAAUCUUAAACCAGGUGAAUUUGUUCAUACAAUGGGUGAUUGUCAUGUUUAUUUGAAUCAUGUUGAUACAUUGAAAAUUCAGUGUCUACGUGUACCUAAAAAAUUUCCUCAACUUAAAAUUAUCAGAGAUGUCAAAGAGAUUGAUGAUUUUGUUGCAAGUGAUUUUGAACUUGUUGGCUAUGAACAUCAUCCAAAGCUUCCAAUGAAAAUGGCUGUUUAA